AUGUUAUCAAAAAGAUGUCAACGUCAUCAUUCAUUUUUAAAUCCAUCAAAAUUUACCGAUCGAUUAAAACCAUCAAAUUCAGGUACCUUAUCAUCGGAUACCAUAACAACAACAUCAAGUGGAUAUUCCACAGGUGGUUCGACAGUAUCAACAAAUAUUAUUUCAUCUUUAAAAAAACCUUCGUGUAAUCAACAUAAAAAUAAAUCAAAUAUUUUACCUAAAUCAAAACAUAUUAAUUCGACAACAUCAAAUGAUAUAUCAUCAACUGAUAUGAUUCUUCAAUGUUCAAAAUCCUGUAAUCUUUCAUCCGACAAUGCAAUUACACUUCCAUUUAUAUAUUAUAAUAAAUUAUCUAAACAAUCAGAAUAUAAUAAUAAAGAAAAUCAUGAAUCUUAUUUGAAUGGAACAACUAAUUUUGAAAAAAUUUCUGCAUGGCUUGAUCAUACGGAAAUUAUUACACAAGAUCAUAGUGAUUUAUUAUUUAUUGACGAUAUUUUACAAGAGUCAAUACCAUCAUCUCCUGCUGAAAUCGAUCGUAAAAUAAUCAUGAAGAAAACUUCAUCGACUAAUAAAACACCUAAACGAAGUUCAUCAAUGGUUGCAACAAUGACUCGACCAAUAAUUGAACGAAAACAAUAUGAAAAAUCUAUAUCACCGACAUUUUCAUUUUCAUCAUCAAUUCUUGCAAGAGGAAUGACAGAAAGUCUAACACCACAAACAAGUUAUCAUCAAUCUCGUACUAAUCUAACAGAUGAACAAACAAAUAAAAUCUUACCAAAAUCAAAUCGUCGUCGUACAAUUGAUUUUUCUCGACGACGUACAGUUGAUAGUCAAAUUGAUCAAAUGAAUAAUAAUAAAGAAAAUCUUCCAAACUCUUAUAAUCAACAAAUCUAUCAAUUUUCUCCUCCAACAUCUAAUAAUCUAGUAACAAAAAAAUAUUAUUUUCAUUCAAAUCCUCCUCCUGUAAAAAAUGAAGAUAUUUUAAUGAAUUCAUAUGGAUUAACCAUUCUUCAACAACAACGACAACAACCGAUUACUACUAAUGUGAAAAAUCCUCCACAAAUUUCUCGCAAUUCAUCAUUACAUAAACCACAAAAACAAUUAAGUCGUCAACCUUCUAUAAUUCAACAAAAAUAUAUAUCCGAAUCACUAGAUGAUAUUCUAUGUGAUCGAGAAGUUGAAAGUUAUUUUUAUCCUAAACAACAACAUCAAUCACCUAUUUCAAUUCCUCAACAUGUCUAUAUGAAUUUAGGAACUUCAUCAUCCCAUUAUUAUCAACCUCCAUCAUAUAUACAUAGUACUUUAUGUUGA